AUGGCUUCCAACGCGCCCUCGCAUGACAGCGCCGCGCCGCGCAGCGCGACCAGCGGCGACCGCCCAAAGAAGCGGCGCCUUAGAGAAGUGUUCGAGCAACGCCUUCGUGAGACAGAUGAUCUCGCGACCUGCCACCAAGAGUCGCAGGCAGACCCAAGUCAGCUGACGCUCGACCUGCAAGGAAAAAGGCUGGUGUCCAUCCCAGAAACGAGGGUGGCAUACCAAUACCGCCACAACGAUAUCAGCUUCCUGGAGACGCCGGACCAGGAGAUAAACUGGUACGCGCAUGACCCGCAGCGGCCGCCGAAGAUGGCUGCGUAUUGCCUGAAGGGCGAUGCGGACGAUAAGUCCAUCAAUGCUCUGGCCCGCACGAUCGCGCAUUUGUGCAAGAAGCACAACGCUCCAAUUUGGAACGCCAAAUUGGAGCUUGAACCGCCUGCUGUCCGCAAUCGCCAUGUUGCGCAGAUCGACAAGAUGAACCGAGAUGCGCAGAUCGCCAAGGAGAACCGGCGUGUGGGCAGUCAAGCCCUGCUCGGCGCCGCCGGGGGCCAGAACCUCGACAACGCCGGAGCGCCCGCAACCCCCGCAACCCCCGCAGAGGACCCCGUGACCUGCGCCCACUGUCGCAAGCCCGGUCACGAAGUUGCUCAUUGUGCCAUCCCGGAUGAGCUCUACGGUUCGAUUCGAGCGUGUCCCGAGUGCAACACAAAGGACCACACCUUGGACGACUGCCCCGUUCUCGCCGGGGGAAAGCUGAAGGACCCGGUCUUCCUGACAAAGCUGUUGACGCUCGUACUGACGCAACGGGGGAACAAGCCGCAGUUCGACACCAAAAAGUGGGCUUUUUACGACGUGCUGGACAUCGCGGUCGGUCUGGGCGUCGUACAUGACACCAGCCAAGUCUUCACGUGGCCGUGGAGCAACGCUUUCGCAAGGGCGAUGAAUGCCGUCAAGGCGGACGGCGCCCUGCUUGGAGCUCAGAAGCACCCCAGGAUGUUUAAUACUGGGGCCGACAAGCUGAGCGAUCUGCCGGUGGACCCGCUGUUCGCUGGCAAGACGGUGGCGCAGGUCCUCGAGAUGAGGGCCGCCGGCACGCUGGACUCCGACCGGCCCGAAGUACGCGCCGAGGUGCGAGAGUCACUCAAGCACGUCAAGCCAAAGGGGGAGGAGGUCUAG